AUGGCUUUUAUAGCUACUUUUAUUGCCGCUCUGGCUACCAUUCCUGUGGCAUUCUCAUCUCCUAUCCAAGCAGCAAACAACACCCUGCAGGCUCGACAGAGUUGCACUUACGGCGGUACUUGGGAGGACUUCCCGCCUAUGAGCGAAUGGUGGGCCUGGAGUGACAUCUUCAACGCUUACGAGCAGUCCAUGGUGGAUGCUGGCUCAAGCUGGGACGAUGUUGGCCGCAUUGCCGUAGCCAUUGAGGAUGCCGCCGCCGAUAUUGGUGUCGAUGAGCGUGUCAUUCUCGGAAUCAUUCUUCAGGAGAGCAGCGGCUACGUCGGCGUCAUUUGCACCGGUGGCAAUGACUGUGGUAUAAUGCAGUGUGAGGGCUGCCCUGGCUACCCCGGCCAGAACGAAUUGCCUCAGUCCGAUACCUCCGCCAUGGUUAACGGUGGUACUGAGCACAUCAAGUCGAACCUGGAGGACUUCGGUGACCUUGAUGACCCCUCGUCCAUCUACCCUGCACUCCGUGAGUACAACUCUGGCAGUGUCGACUCAGACGACCUGAGUGUCGCCGCGGGUGGUUACGGUGUUCCUUGUUAUGUCAGUGACAUUGCGCGGCGUUUCAUGGGCGAGGUUUUCUAA